GGCGUCGUUUCAUGAUCUGACUCUCUCUGGUCUUCUCUUCUUCUUCUUUUUUCUUACUUCGUCACUGUUGUGUCUGAACAUGCCACGCCCUUUCUUCCAUAAGUUGAUUUUCUCAUCCACUAUCCAAGAAAAACGUCUGAGAGUCCCAGAUAAGUUUGUGAGUAAAUUCAAGGAUGAGCUUUCGGUUGCUGUAGCACUCACAGUACCUGAUGGUCAUGUUUGGCGUGUAGGACUAAGGAAAGCUGAGAACAAAAUUUGGUUUCAAGAUGGUUGGCAAGAGUUUGUUGACCGUUACUCCAUUCGCAUUGGUUAUCUUUUGAUUUUUAGAUACGAAGGAAACUCUGCCUUCAGCGUCUACAUUUUCAAUUUAUCCCACUCUGAGAUCAAUUACCAUUCCACCGGUCUCAUGGAUUCCGCACACAACCACUUCAAACGCGCCCGUUUGUUUGAAGACCUUGAAGAUGAAGAUGCCGAGGUCAUCUUUCCUUCUUCCGUGUACCCUUCACCACUUCCUGAGUCUACAGCACCAGCCAACAAAGGGUAUCCUGGUUCAGCCAUCCAAAGCUUGUUCACUGGAUCUGUGAAAGCUGAAGAGGCAACACCAACUCCAAAAAUUCCAAAAAAGAGAGGGAGGAAGAAGAAAAAUGCUGAUCCUGAGGAAAUAAACUCAUCAGCUCCGCGCGAUGAUGACCCAGAGAACCGUUCAAAGUUCUACGAGAGUGCUUCUGCGAGAAAGAGAACCGUGACUGCAGAAGAAAGAGAGAGGGCUAUCAAUGCAGCCAAAACGUUCGAGCCAACAAACCCUUUCUUCAGAGUUGUUCUGCGACCAUCCUAUCUAUACAGAGGUUGCAUCAUGUAUCUUCCUUCUGGGUUUGCUGAGAAGUACCUAAGUGGGAUCUCCGGGUUCAUCAAGGUCCAGCUCGCGGAGAAACAAUGGCCUGUCCGAUGUCUCUACAAAGCCGGGAGAGCCAAAUUCAGUCAAGGAUGGUAUGAGUUCACUCUAGAGAACAACCUAGGAGAAGGAGACGUCUGCGUGUUCGAGCUGCUAAGAACCAGAGAUUUCGUUCUGAAAGUGACGGCCUUUCGAGUCAACGAAUUCCUUUCUUUAUGUCUUAGCGUUUGCUUCUUCUCUCUCUGUCAUAAUCCAUUACAGUAUCAGAGUUUGGUGCUUAUGAGCUCUGUUUUUCCAGGAUCAAGAUUUUUGUCCUUGUUGCACCAGAAUUCGAAAACCCUAAUUCAAGCUAAGCAAAUCCAUGCUCAAUUAGUCAUCAAUGGUUGCCAAGAUAAUUCUCUAUUUGGCAAACUCAUAGGCCAUUACUGUUCAAAGCCAUCAACAGAAAGCUCAAAGCUUGCUCAUUUACUGGUGUUUCCUCGAUUUGGUCAUCCUGAUAAGUUUCUCUUCAACACAUUGCUUAAAUGUAGCGAACCAGAGGACUCGAUUUGGAUUUUCGCCAAUAGGGCAUCAAAAAGUUCGUUGCUUUAUCUCAAUGAGCGAACUUUUGUUUUCGUCCUUGGCGCUUGUGCUAGGUCAGCUUCGUCGUCGGCGUUACGGGUUGGUAGAAUUGUUCAUGGGAUGGUGAAAAAGCUUGGGUUUCUCUAUGAAUCUGAAUUGAUUGGAACCACUUUGCUCCAUUUCUACGCUAAGAAUGGGGAUUUACCUUAUGCGAGGAAGGUGUUUGAUGAAAUGCCUGAGAGAACCUCUGUUACAUGGAACGCAAUGAUCGGUGGAUAUUGUUCACAUAAGGAUAAAGGGAAUCACAAUGCGAGAAAGGCUAUGAUUUUGUUUCGGAGAUUCUCCUGCUGCGGUUAUGGAGUUAGACCUACUGAUACAACCAUGGUUAGUGUUCUUUCAGCCAUUUCUCAGACGGGUUUGAUCGAAAUCGGUUCUCUCGUUCAUGGUUACAUAGAAAAGCUCGGGUUCACACCCGAAAUUGAUGUCUUUAUUGGUACUGGACUUGUAGACAUGUACUCAAAAUGCGGCUGCUUAAACAGUGCUUUCUCAGUCUUCGAGCUAAUGAAAGUGAAGAAUGUCUUCACAUGGACUUCAAUGGCAACAGGGCUAGCACUCAAUGGAAGAGGAAACGAAACACCAAAUCUUUUAAAUCGAAUGGCGGAAUCUGGGAUCAAACCAAACAAAGUAACUUUCACUAGCUUGCUUUCAGCUUAUCGUCAUGUAGGUCUUGUUCAAGAAGGAAUCGAGCUCUUCAAAAACAUGAGGACAAGAUUUGGUGUCACACCGGUUAUUCAACACUACGGAUGCAUAGUAGAUCUUUUGGGUAAAGCAGGGCGGAUACAAGAGGCUUAUGAGUUUGUAUUAGCUAUGCCUAUAAAACCCGACACCAUCUUGUUAAGAAGUCUCUGUAAUGCCUGCAGCAUUUAUGGAGAGACUGCAAUGGGUGAAGAAAUCGGAAAGACUCUUCUCGAGAUAGAACGAGAGGAGGAGAAGCUUUCAGGUUCUGAGUGCGAAGAUUAUGUCGCUUUAUCGAAUGUGUUAGCUCAUAAAGGGAAAUGGAUAGAGGUAGAGAAGCUGAGGAACGAGAUGAAAGAAAGAAGAAUAAAAACAAGACCUGGUUUCAGUUUUGUUUAAAAUAGCUUGUUACAGGUCAGGAUCAAAACACUACU